CGUUCCGUUCGCAGGCAGGAGCUGGUAGUGGUGUUGAUUCCUCUUUCAAUCGGACCUUGAUACAUAUUUUCAACUGUCCUUAUAAUAGAGUCGAACGCAUUUGAUUUUAAUUGGAAUAUCUUGAAGCAGCGCGUAGGCUAAUCGUCGUUUCCUAACAUUUUCGAGGUCUGUGUCUGGGGCAAUGGUGUGACUUUAGUUUUCCUUAAAUCUUCUCCACCAAGUUGAGAAAACAUUCUAACCUGCGGUCUCUCCAUAAUUCGAGCUCACGAGCCAGCUACAUGUUUCAUCCGGCCAGUUUCAAAAGUAGCUGGUUCCGGAUGUUUUUUACCCAUUUCUUAGGGAAGCAUUAAACUUCUUCAUUUGUCUUUGGGAGUGUGAGUCUAUCGAAGGAGGUGGUCGAGGAUAUAAAACACGGAUUUUCUUUGGGUUUCUUGAAGCCUGCAAACAUUUGUUUUUGAAAAGUGAUGGCCGAGCGGGGAGCACGGUCGCUCCUCUCUCUCCUCUGUCUCACCUUCUUCUACCCUGCGACCACAUAUACAAGACAUGCCGACAAAGGUGUGGCGGAACCCUUCAGCCCGUUCUGGUUCUCGGUGGAGCCACAGGACACGCUUGCCAUCCGGGGCGCUGCGGCGCUGCUCAACUGCUCCGCCCACAGCGAGGCAGCCACGCCGGCGCGUGUGGAGUGGAAGAAGGACGGCACCUUCUUGAGCCUGGCAUCGGACGAGCGGCGGCGGGUGCUGCCUGACGGCUCGCUGCUCAUCUCGGCGGUGGUGCACUCCAAGCACAACAAGCCAGACGAGGGCACCUACCAGUGCAUGGCCACCAUCGACAACCUGGGGACCAUUGCCAGCCGCACGGCCCGUCUCUCUGUAGCAGGUAUGCCCCGCUUCGCCAGUCAGCCUGCGCCAGCCAGUGUGCGCCCGGGCGACAGCCAGGUACUGGCGUGCGACGUCAAUGCAGACCUGGCGGCCUUCGUGCACUGGGAGCGGGAACGCGAGCUGCUUGAUCUGGGCACGCGGCGGGUCCAGCUGCCCAGUGGGGCCCUGGUGAUAAGCAACGCCUCCGAGGCAGAUUCUGGAAUGUACCGCUGCGUGGUGGAGAAUGCCGGACCAGCCAAGACCAGCGAGGAGGCUCAGCUCCUGGCACUGCCAGAAACCGGAGAGGAAAGAAAGCUGGAGUUCCUGGUGCAACCGCUUCCUGUGACCAAAUCAGUGGGGGAAAAUGUGCUGCUGCCAUGCGUGGUGACAGGCUACCCAGCUCCCUAUGUCCGAUGGAUGUUUGGCGACAAACUGGUUGAAGAAAGUGAGGGGCGUUUGGAGGUGGUGGGUGGAGGCAGCCUGCAGAUCCUCAACUUGACGCAGGAGGAUGCCGGAGACUACACCUGCAUGGCCGACAACACCAACGACACCCUGGAGGCCCAGGCGGGGCUCACUGUGCAGGUCCCCCCCCAGUUCCUGAAGCGGCCAGCCAACAUCUACGCCCGCGAGUCCAUGGACAUCAUCUUCGAGUGUGAGGUCACAGGCUCGCCAGCUACCACUGUGAAGUGGGUGAAGAACGGAGAUGCCGUCAUACCCAGCGACUAUUUCAAAAUCAUUGAGGAGCAGCACCUGCAGGUGCUGGGGCUGGUCAAGUCAGACGAGGGCUUCUAUCAGUGCCUGGCGGAAAACGAUGCAGGGAACGUGCAGUCCAGCGCCCAGCUGAUCAUCCUGGAACACGACGUAGCCCUUCCCUCCCCUCUUCCCCCCUCACUGACUCCUGACACUACUGACCAUGUAACGCCAGGCUCCGGAGGCGCUGCCGCCCCCGCCGGCCCCGCCCCCUCCGCCCCCCGAGACGUCGUGGCCUCGCUAGUCUCCACCCGCUUCAUCAAGCUCACCUGGCGCCCGCCGGCCGAGCCGCACGGAGACGAGCUCACCUACUCUGUCUACUACAGCCAGGAGGGUACCAGCAGGGAGCGGAUCUUGAACACCAGUCGACCAGGCGAGAUGCAAGUGACCAUCCAGAGCCUGAUGCCUGAUUCCAAGUACAAGUUCAGGGUGGUAGCGCACAACAGGAAUGGUCUGGGGGAGACUUCAGCCGUACUCAAGGUGGCCACCCAGGCUGAAGUUCAAGUCCCUGGCCCUUCCCCCAACCUACAGGUCGUAUCAACCAUGCCCUCAUCCACCACACUGAGCUGGAAUACGCCCCUCACGGGCAAUGGAGAGAUCCUUACCUACAAGCUGUACUACAUGGACAAGGCCUCUGGCAUCGAGCAGGACGUUGACAUUGGGACCCUGUCCUACACCAUCACAGGCCUGAAGAAGUACACCGAAUACAGUUUUCGGGUGGUGGCUUACAACAAGCAUGGCCCGGGAGUGUCCACCAACGACGUGAGCGUCCGGACUCUGUCUGAUGUUCCCAGUGCUCCGCCUCAGAAUCUCACUCUGGAGGUCCAGAACUCAAAGAGCAUCAUGGUCCGCUGGCAGCCCCCACCCCCUGGCACCCAGAAUGGGGAGAUUACCGGCUACAAGAUCCGUUACCGGAAAGGCUCCAGGAAGAGCGAAGCGGCUGAGACCACCAGAGGCACACAGCUCUCCCAGCUCAUCGAAGGUCUGGAGCGAGGGACAGAGUACACUUUCAGAGUAUCGGCCAUCACAGUGAACGGAACUGGACCCGCCACAGAGUGGACCACAGCUGAGACGUUUGAGAGCGACCUGGAUGAGUCCAGGGUGCCGGACAUCCCCAGCUCCCUGCAUGUGCGUCCGCUGGUGAACAGCAUCGUGGUGAGCUGGACCCCGCCAGAGAACCAGGACAUUGUGGUUCGUGGCUACACCAUCGGCUACGGUAUCGGCAGCCCCCAUGCACAGACCAUCAAGGUGGACUACAAGCAGCGCUACUACAGCAUUGAGAACUUAGACCCCAGCUCCCACUAUGUGAUAACCCUGAAGGCCUUCAACAACGUGGGGGAGGGCAUCCCUGUGUACGAGAGCGCUAUCACCAGGCCACAGUCAGAACCCAUAGACCCUGACGUUGAUUUGAUUGAAUUCUUCCAUCCUCCAUACACGCCAGUACCAGACCCCACCCCCAUGCUGCCCCCCGUCGGCGUUCAGGCCUCUGUGCUGAGCCACGACACCAUCAAGGUCACCUGGGCUGACAACUCACUGCCCAAGAACCAGAAGAUCACUGACGCCCGCUACUACACCGUGCGCUGGAAGACCAACAUCCCUGCCAACACCAAGAUGAAGACUGCCAACACCACCAACCUGAGCCACAUGGUAACCGGGCUGAAGCCCAACACUCUGUACGAGUUCUCCGUCAUGGUGACCAAGGGCAGGAGGACCAGCACCUGGAGCAUGACCGCUCAGGGAACCACGUUUGAGACUAUACCCAGCUCCUCCCCCAAAGAUGUGACGGUAGUGAGCAAAGAGACUAAGCCGAGGACCAUCAUCGUAAACUGGCAACCGCCCUCGGAGGCCAACGGCAAAAUCACGGGCUACAUUAUCUACUACAGCACUGAUGUGAACGCAGAGGUGCACGACUGGGUGAUCGAGCCGGUGGUGGGAAACCGUCUGACCCACCAGAUCCAGGAGCUCACGCUGGACACCACCUACUACUUCAAGAUCCAGGCACGCAACUCCAAGGGCAUGGGCCCCAUGUCGGAGGCGGUGCACUUCCGCACGCCCAAGACUGAAUCCUCUGACAAAAUGGCUAAUGACCAAGCCUCUAAUUUGCCAAUAAAACCAGGCAGCAACCAGCCACCUCCAAACCAUGGUCCUGGAUCUCCAGUUGGUAACCCAGGGAUGACCGGCAGUGGGGACAACCAUAUCCUGGUCAUCGUCAUCAUCAUCUCUGUUGGAGCGUUCACCAUUAUCGUGGUGGUGGUCGGGGCCUUCCUCUGCACACGGCGCACCACCUCACACCAGAAAAAAAAGCGAGCGGCAUCCAAGUCGUCCAACGGCUCCCACAAGUACAAGGGCAACUCCAAGGACCUGAAGCCGCCUGACUUGUGGAUCCACCACGAGAGGCUGGAGCUCAAACCAAUGGACAAGUCACCAGAACCCAACCCGGUGAUGACCGACACCCCCAUCCCACGCACCUCCCAGGACAUCACCCCAGCAGAGGCCAGCCUGGAGAAGCCCAUGCUGCAGCAGAGACGCAACUCCUACCGUGGACACGAAUCAGAGGACAGUAUGUCUACGUUGUCAGGGCGACGGGGGAUGAGGCCUAAAAUGAUGAUGCCCUUUGAUGCACAGCCCCCUCAGCCCGUGAUUAGCGCUCACCCCAUCCAUUCCCUUGAUAACCAUCACCACCAUUAUCACACGGGCAGCCUGGCAUCCCCGACGCGCAGCUACCUCCAACACCACCAGAGCAGUGCCCACCUGCGCCCGCACGCAUGUGCCACGCCCAGCUCCUAUCUAGACAGGGUGGACUCCACAGAGUCAGUCAGGAACACCCCGAGCGUGGAGCCAGUUAUUACCUCAUCACAGCCAUCCUGCGCGUCCGAACACGCCGACCCGGACGGCAGCUACCACGGCUCCACUGCCACCGAUGAGGAGCCUAGCUUUGCCAGCAACCCGCCCACGGCCCACGUGCGCCCCACACACCCACUCAAAAGCUUUGCCGUGCCCGCCAUCCCUGCCAUAACCUUUGAGUCGCCUGCCCUGCCCAGCACACCGCUGCUCGCCCAGGCUGGGCCCUCCUCUCACCCCCACGUGGUGAAGACGGCCUCCAUUGGCACACUGGGUAGAACACGCACGCCCAUGCCAGUCACGGUUCCCAGUGCCCCAGAUGUGCCAGAGACCAGCAAGAUGUUGGAGGACGUUGACAGUGUGCUUGCCUCCCUUGCCCCUUGCCCCUCCCCCGCCCCCCGCAGUAACCCUGUUCCUCUCCCCCAGAGCUACGAACCCGAUGAGCUGACGGAGGAGAUGGCCCACCUAGAGGGCUUGAUGAAGGACCUGAAUGCCAUAACCACAACCUAAACACACAUACACUUGCGCACACACACAGCUGCAACACAGGCAGACAAACAUUGCACACACACUGACGAACACACUAAAUGAAUAUACAUUUACAUGCACACCAGAAGAAAUACACACUCACGUAAAUCCCCUCAGCAUUCUGGGAGCCAGAGGCCCACGGACACAAAAUGGCUGACGCUCAUGGUUCUCACACCCUUUGCAGAGAAACAUUAAAAAAAAUACUCCAGACUAAACCUUUCAAACUUUGCCUCACCUUGCUCAGUCUCAGGAAGGAGAUGGCCAUUUUAAGAGGAAAAAAACAAGAUGCUUCAACCUUUUUAUGAAGAAACAUUCUCAGAGACGAUAAUCUAACAUUGGUCGCUUUCAGCUGGAUGAUUGUGAAUUUUUCUCAGCAAAAAAAUUAAAAGGUUUGCGUUGCCGUAGUUUUUACGACGGCAAUUAUUAUUAUCUUUAUUUUUUUCCCAAGACAAAAGAAAAAGUCCAAAAUAUGCCGGUAUUGAUGUUGGUGCUCGUAAGGCACAGUCUACACACAGUGUUUGUUUGAUUAGUGUCAUUUCUUUGUGCAUUUCCGUAUCUAUUGCCCUGUUUCAGUGAAGUGAACAUUGGAUAACAGUCCUCUCUCUGUCUCCAUAAAACGGUCAUUUUUAUAGCUAUCAUUUUGAUCCAUUUAUGUCUUUCUCUCCCUGUGCUCUGUCAUAUAUUGUGCCAUGUCUUUAAUUAUUUUUCUAAUAUGUCUUAUGUAUAAUAAUUUUUUACAUGCAUAUCCUAAUAGAUAUGUACAAAUGUUGUUUUUUUAACUGCAUAAUUUUGUAUAUUCCUUUUGGUUUCAUUGUUAUUUGGGAUGAGUGACAAAUGAACUCUCAAAGCUCUUUUUCAAUAUCAACAAGGAAGAUGCCUUGUGCGUGGCUACAGUACAUUUGAAUGAAUUCUUGCAUUCUUCUCUGGCAUUCUGUUGUACAUUGAAAUGUUCAGUCUGUUUAUUUUUUGUGGGAGCUCUGUUUAAAAAGCCUUACUGCUGUGUUCAGGCGUCGACUCAAUAAUGACUUGGUCCUCCUGGGAAGUUGUUUGAGUUACACUGUGACAAUUCUGCCGAGUUCCCUCCUACAAACCAGUUUCGCCUCUGUGUGAGGCUUGGUGCUGAUUUUUCACCUGUUUGUUGGAUAUUAAAUCCUGGCAGCAUCUAUACUGGCCACUCGGCUAGUCGAUUUCUCACUCCAAACCUCACAUUCUACCCAGUUGACCAUUCAUGGCAGUUGAAUCCUGAUAUAUUGUCUGAUAUUCUAUGAAAUGUGUGUCUUGUUUCCAAGAGAGCCAAUAUUUGGUUGAAGAGGUUUUCUUUGUUAAACGAGGUUUUAUCAAUAAUGGAGAAGUGGUUUAAUAUUACCUGAGGUCUCUUUCAGACACUACAUGCUGUAUAGGCUCUUUUUAAAUGUUACAUACAAAGAUGUUGGCCUUUUGAAUAGAACUCCCUGAAUCAGUUUUUUUUUUUACUUGUAGUUUGUUUUGUAUGAAGAAAGAGAGAAACGUGUUCUUUACACAAUUACAAUGUAAAAAGAAAAAAAUUAAAAUAUGUUGAUGUAAGAAACUAGUUUUUCAUCUACCCUCUUACCCAAAGAAAUUUGUCAUUGCAAUCAUAGUUGUUUUCUCUACUUUUGUGAAUACCAUGUUUCUCAUAAUGUACAUCCUCAUGAAUGUCAAUAUAACUGUAAGAGAUUUUAAACUAUGGAUUCAAAAGGAACAUGUUAAGAAAAAUGUUGAGCAAAGAGGAGAAAAUGACCUGGACUAUUCAUUGGGAAAUAACCUAUUAAGUUGUAGACAGUCAAACCUGUAUUGCACUUUUUCAAUUUUUGGAAAAAUACAUUUCUUACAUAUUUUGUGUUUUAAAUAGAAAUCUAUGUUUGUGUAACGUAGUGUCCUAGGUUAGCAGCAGGCAGCUCGUCUUGUUUUUAUGUUCAUUUUGCUUCUGAGAUAAUAUGAAUUUGAGCGGCGGGGGUUUUACUGUGCUGCUGAUGAGGAAUUAUGUUGUUGCUUGUUUCUGUACAGAGAUCUCUUUUUGCUUUCUGUAGAAAAUUCUGUGGCUUUUUAAAAAAAAAUCUAAAAAGUUUGGAAAAAAUAAGAUCUUUUUUUUUUUUAUUGGUGCUCCUAUACUUUGUGUAUACAAACUAUUAUUAAUACUAACAAAGUU